UCAAUUCUGAUGAAAUACAUUGUAUCAAAGCACUAGGAAUAAGUGACAAUAAAUCUGACCUCGAUGGCAGUAAGAGUCAAUUAUGUAAAUAAAAAUGUAAGACCUAAUGAGCAGACGACUCUCUCCCAAAUUAUAUCACUUCAAUCCUUGUAUUUUUAAAAAUUUACAUUGAGUAGCAAUCGCGGAAUAAUGGAAUUUUGUUGACUGGCGGGCGUGGAGGAAUAGCGGAUUUCUUGACUCGGGAGUGACUAGAGCACUUAGAGGCUAGAGCAGGAGCAGCAGCAGCAGUCAGUGUCAUGUAAGCCGUUAUCGUGUGUGUAUGGCGUCGUUCUGUACAACAAGGGCUCAAGCCCCCGGGUUCCUUGCUCACUGAUGAUGUACCGUGCGUGGUGUAGAGGCAGGCGGCCGUGCGUGGUGACGCUGCUCCUGGUGCUCUCCGUGAACAUCUUCUACAGGACGCUGCUGCUGCUCGAGAGCCGAGGAGCCCUCGCCAGGAAUGGCAUCAAUCUUUCCCUUCCCAAAAUUGGGAUAAGCUUCAGAAGACCGCUGACAGCUCGGGUGCCACUGCGCUUCCUAGUAGAGGAGCGGUCGUACUGCUCACGCCAGCCCGGUCUCCUGGCCGUGGCCGUCGUGCCCUCUGCUCUCGACGACUUCAAGAGACGUCAGGAGACGAGGCUCACGUGGGGGUCCGCCCAGACGCUCGGCGUGCCCCUCGGCGCAGUCUUCGUCAUGGGCAAGCAUCGUGACAGGGACGAGCGGGACAGAAUACGCCAGGAGAGUCGACUGUAUCGGGACAUAGUGCAAGGAGACUAUGACGACACGCAAGGCAGCAGCAAGGCCUUGAAUGGUCUUCUUUGGAUGGCCAUGAACUGCGCCACGGUCCCGUUUACGUUGCACGUGACGGACAAGGUAUUAUUGGACGUGUUUGUCCUGCAGCGGUUUCUAUGGGAGGUGCUAGAAGCCCCAGAGAAGCAGGACAUGCUUUUCGGGAAGCUUGUGGAUCACGUUACGCAAGACCCCGUGACCAGCUACCGUUGGUCUCUCAGCGACUUUGGCCACAUGGUACCUGAAGUGACGGAGCCUCCUGCCGUGACGCAUGGUCGCUAUUUAGAAGAGGACGCUUGGUUUGGGCGUACACAAGCUGUGGCCAAGUUGCUGACCGUGUCUGGGGUGGUACCGCUUGUCUCACCUUCGUCGUUAUAUCUCACAGGGAUGUUAGCUCGCGCCGCUGGCUUGUCUCUAUCACCCAGCUUGUUUAAUGAGUGGUGGCGCUCGGACAAGAAGGCUAAUCUUCAAGAGAUUGGCGCUGUCAUGGGUUGGUUUAAUAAAGAAUUAGAUCCACCAAGAAGUGAACUGUGGAAACAAAUUGUGCUGCAUCACACAAAUGAAACUAUCGACGAAGCGAUUCGAGAUGUGAAAUCGAAAAAUGAACAACUGAAGAGAAAAGAAUUGCUUGCAAAAAGCACAAUUAAGUCGAGCAAAAAUUUCAUCACAAAUCACAUUCCAAAUCAUUUCAAGGUUUCCAAAAUGAAUCCGGAUCGGUUCAAGCCUGUUAUGUCGCGGCAGGGUCACAUUAUAGGACAUGGAAGCGAGAUGAAGAGAAGCGCUUCUGAAGGCAUCCUAUAAAAUCUGCAAAUUGCUAAGACGUGAUGGUACAAAGAAUUCUAAGAGGCCAAAAAUUUCGCAUUAGUUUAGUAUGUAAUGAAUAAAUGUUUUUGCGUUUUAGAAGCCAGUAUUUGUUUUGGCAGAAAGUAACUUUAGAUAGUUAUUUCUUGGAUAAUUGGAUGUUGUAUAGUGAUCAAUAAAAUACACGAUAUUAAUUUUGUACA